AAUAUGAAGAUAGUUGCGUCCAUCUUUUUGUUUCUCCUCAGUGUAGAAGCGUUGGAAGAGUUGACAAAGGCUGGAGACAAUACUUUGAGGGGAACCGAGGCCAUCAUUCGCAGUACAAUAAAUAACUUAUUUUCGUCAAUUAAAUUAAAGAAGUCGACAGAUAAAUCAAGGUUUAAAGAAUAUAUAACACUUCAUGAAUACUUCAUGUCCUUAACUCUACAAGACGACUACAAUUUAAAAAGAGUUGUGGAAGAAGCGAGAGCUGGAGAUCGUUAUAAAAAUACAUAUUAUAAUAUAACUGAGUUUAUAGCUAUCAUAAACGAAAUACUUGAUGGAGAUAACAAAACCAAUCACAAUGAAAUAGAAAAUUACGAUGUCUAUAUGUACAUAGAAAAUUUCGUUGAGCGUUUAAAGGUAUUAAAAGAUUUGUAUAAAGAUAUUGAAAACGCAAAUGUGAAUAAAGAGGUAUUAGAAUACUUAGAAACUAUUAAGUCAAAUAAGCAAAACUACUCUUCGAUAGACGAAGAUGAUACAGAGGACGACAUAGUCUUAUCAGAUAAUAUUGAAACUUGGGUACCAAGCGGUCGUCGUAUAUUUAAGGGGGAAAGAACCAAAAUUAAAUAUUUUCCAUUUAUGGCCAGUAUCCACAUGUUCAAUAACUUUCAUUGCGCUGGUUCUAUCAUUGCAUCCGAUCUUAUCAUAACUGCUUCAUCGUGUUUACAACUGGCUUGGAAUAACCGUUUCUUCCGUGAAAACCCAGCUUUUCUCUCGGUCAGAGUGGGUUCUUCCUUUUACGGCGCUGGCGGUGAGGUCAUCCCAGUAUUAGAGGUCUAUUUCCAUCCAAACUAUAACUCAAAGAAUUUAAAGAACAACUUAUGCCUGGUCAGACUCACUCGGCACAUAAAGUUCAGCAAACGGAAUAAAAAGGUGAAGAAGAUAAACAUAGACAAGAAUCCUUGGAAGCUGUCGCUGGAUACGCCGGGAAUUACUAUAUUGGGUUGGGGCGCAAAGGGUCGAAGCGGUAUUAUUUUCGAUCCAUGGCGAAACAUUCUUUCUUUUGCUAGUCUGGACGUGUAUCCGUUGCAAGAAUGUCAAGAGAUUUACUCGAAAGAAUAUGUUACACAAAAGCACUUCUGUGCUGGAUUCAUGUCGAAAGGAGGGGGUGCAUGUAACCGAGAUGUCGGUGGCCCAGGAGUAGAAGAUGGAAAACUGAUGGGAGUAAUAAGUUUCGGAUCACCGGUGUGUGGUACUCCCGAUUCGCCUACUGUAUUUACAAAGCUGGGAUACUAUACUGAUUGGAUUGAAUCUGUCAUGGAACAGGAAGUUCCAACAAAACUGGAACGGACCACACUUAAACGCGAGUUUAAUCGAAUAACACCGGGAUACGAUACGAGAAUACAUAAAACUACAUUUAAAAUUGCCCCACUGAGUGGUAACAAUGACAAGCCAAUGCCAGUCAUUGAAACAGAAAACACAUUAAGAAUCUUGGAUGAUGAACUAUUCAAAGAAUUCUUAUCUACAAUGUUUAGCAGCAAAGAAAUAGGAGAAUAUCGGGAGUCUCUGAAAAUAAAGUAUAAUAACAAAAAUAUGCAAAACAAAAACAUAACAAAGUCCUUUGAUCAAAAUGAAGGAAGGAAAGAAAAGGAAGAAGAAAGUGAUGAAGAAAGACAGGAAAUAAAAAAAGAAGAAAAAAGGGGAAAAAUAGGAAAAGAUACAGAAGAAGGAAAUUACGAAGAUAUAUAUCAAGACAGAGAAUUGCAAAGGGAUGUAGAUCAUUUAGUCACAAAAAUGUCAGAGUUUGAUGAAAGUCAAUCAAAAACAGAGGUAUACCAUAUGUCACAAGUUGAAGAAACAGAGAGUGAGGAAUCUUCUAAUGAUGAAAAAGUAGAGACAACUACUGAAUCAAAUAUGGUUAAGUUUAUUCAAGACGUUGACCUGAAUAAAAUAGUCAAAGAAGAAAUAACUACAGAAUUAAAUAUGGAGGAAACUCCCAAAAAUGAGUCGCUGUUGACAUGGCUAUAUAUUUCAGAAGAGAAACAUGCAGAUGACUCAGAUACUGGCGCAGGCUUAAGCAUACCUUCAGAAAAUUUUGAUGAUAUGACCAGAUCGAAGGGAAAUCUUUAUAGUUACGUGCCUGACGGUAAAUUGUACAGUAUUUUGUCUGAGGUGGUUGAUAGCGAGGUAGAAAAGAAAAUAAAUGAGGAUUAGAGUAAUUACUGUUUCUAAUUACUUAUGAGUCUAUAAAAGUCAUAAACUAUAACAAACUUUUUCGUGUAAUCCUUUUUAAGAAGAAGCCACCAAAAAGAAACACUAUAAAAGCAUGAUGAAAAAGUGUUGUAAACGCAAGUUUUUUUUCUAGUUUAGUCCAUAAGAAUCGAUUUUCAUAUAAGGCGCCCGGUAUGAGAAAAUUAUGGACAGUAAAAUCUGCUCAUGAAAAUUUGAUAGUAACGUUUUUCUCAUUGAAAUAAAAACAGACAUUGUCCGCUUACAAAUAAGGCAACUAUUAGCAUUGUAUUUUCCUGUCGGCCACCUAGCGUUUCUUUUGAAAAUUAUUUUAUUUUGCAAUAUGAAGUGUUGUGGCUAGUGAAAGUUAGUUUCCUAAGCUUUAUUAGAUGGCGUAGAACCACAGUCACCCCGUAUCUUAGUUCAAAUUAUAAACAAAUAAUACUAGAUUAAACGUCAUCUAUUGUCACUUUCAUAAACUAUCUCAUAUUUCCAAAUCGAACACUGAAUCUAUCGAGUAAUACGACGACUUAACAGUUUUCGAUAGAUAGCGCUGAUCACAGAUUUUAAUAAUUAGGUACCUGACCAUAAGAAAAUUCACUAUUAACCACAGAACAGUUUUAAAAGAUUAGAAUGGCCUUAUGGGCGGGGCAGGCGCGCCGCGAAUAUGACCAACGGACCAUAUUUCAACGAAAUUAGCUUCACCGGCUGACAGUCGCGUUCUUAUUGCGAUAACUUUUUUUUUAAAUAUUUACCACCUUGCACUAAAGUAACGUGUUAAAAAAGAAGCCUGGUCUGUAGUGUAGCCUGAGAAGAGAUUUCUUUUCACCUUCUUCACAGUCGUUCCCUCAUUACUGAGGAUCGUGACUCCGCUUAAGUUCGUCUACAGCUUUCCUCCAUCUGUUUCGCUCUGUCGCAUGGUGGAGUGCGAUGCUGAUGGGUUGUUUAGUCUGCUCGGAUAUUUGGUCAGACCAGCGUCGUGGGCUCCGGCCUCUUGGUCUCUUCCCCUCAAUUAUCCCGGUGACCAUCAAACGUUCAAGGUUAUCAGCACCGCGUCGUGCAAUGUGGCCAAAGUAUCUCAUGCUCCGCUGCAGACAUGUAGUGGAUAGACGUGGACUGUUCCCUAUUUAAAGCUGUUUAAGGAUCAAGGCGUUAGUGCGGUAAGCCGUCCAGCCGUUCAGGGUCCAAGUUUCAGCUCCAUAGAACGCGAUGGGAAAGACAAGAGAGCGGACCAGGUGAAUUUUCGUCCGAUUGGUGAUAUUUCUGUCCUUCCACACCUUGCUUAGGUGUGUCAUUGCUGUUUUGGCCAUUCCAAUUCGCCUCCUUAUUUCGAUCGCGCAGUUACCUCUGUUCGUGAUCACUGAGCCAAGGUAGUUCAACUGAUCCACAGUUUCAUAGCUCUGUAGGAGAUCAGUGUGCGGGAUGGCUGCGAAGCGGUCGACGACCAUGACCUUGGUUUUGGCCGUAUUAAUUGCCAUGCCCAUCCUGAGGCUGGUGGCCUCUAGCUUACCCAGCAACUCUUUCAUUUCCACUUCAGAUGAUGCGAAUAGGGUGGUGUCAUCGGCAUAGCGGAGGUUCGAUAGAUGGGCUGCGGCUAUUGAAAGCAAGGGGGAAGGCCUGGCAGUUAGCCUGGAUAUAGCAAAGGCCUUUGAUCGUGUAUGGCACAAGGCGCUCCUCUCAAAACUUCCAUCAUUUGGGCUUCCCGGGAACUUGUGCAAGUGGACCUCCAGCUUUCUCACUGGGCGCAGCAUGCAGGUCGUUGUCGACGGACAUUGCUCGCACCCGAAGCCCGUGAAUGCUGGAGUGCCCCAAGGCUGUGUGCUAUCUCCUAAGCUGUUUCUUCUGCAUAUCAAUGAUAUGUUGGACACCUCCAACAUUGAUUGCCAUGCAGACGAUAGCACUGGUGAUGCCGUAUACACGGGCCAGGUCUCUCUCGGGAAAUCGUCGACGUAACGUUGAAGGUCGGGAGAAACUUAUGUCUUCUAUCGAGUCCUCUCUUGAGAAGGUCGCGGAAUGGGGUAAAUUGAACCUGGUCCAAUUUAACCCCCAGAAGACUCAAGUUUGCGCGUUUACCACUAAAAAAACCCCAUUUGUCGUAUCACCGCUCUUCGACAACAGUUCCCUUAAAGCCUCGCCUAGUAUCGGAAUACUGGGUCUCGAAAUCUCGAGCGUUUGCCAAUUUCGUGGCCAUCUGGAGGGCAAAGCCAAAUUGGAUUCAAAGAAAGUGGGCGUCAUUAAUAGAGCACGGCAAUACAUCAAGCUGGCCCACAUUCUAGCGCUGUACAAUGCGCAGGUCCGGUCACACAUGGAGUUUCCUUGUGCGAUGUUUCCGGGACGAUACGACACAUACGACACCUUCCUUAAAGGCCGGCAACGCUCCUGUGAUUCCUCUGGUGUUGCAAGAGAUUGUGGGCCGCGGUGAUAACUUAACAACAGGUGACCCGUACGCUCGUUUGAGCUCCUAUUCCACAAAAAAUCUUUCUGCCACCUUCCCAGUUUUCUAGCGUUUGUCGCAUUAUCUGUUCUCCGUAUAUGUUGAAUAGGAUAGGGAAAAUCACGCAUCCCUGUCGAACACCUUUUUGGAACUUAAAUGUGCCCGAUGUGACAUCCUCAAUCGUAACUGUGCCAUACCCUGACUCAUAGAGGCUGCGUAUUAGCAUAACAAGAUGCGCUGGAACACCUGACAUUGAGAGUACAUGCCACAGUUCUUCCCAUUUUACGCAGUGAAAAGCCUUCUGGUAGUCAACAAAGGACAUGAAGGUCAGCGUGUUGUAGCAUUUUUCUACUAUUAGUCGCAGAUUUAGGAUUUGCUCUCUCGUUCCUCUGCCCUUUACAAAACCUGCUUGUUCUUGCGGUAUUUGCCAGCCGAGAAAGGAUCGCAAUCUCGCGUUGAUUACAUGUAGUAGAAUCUUACUAGCAUGUGACAUCAGGGCGAUUGCUCUGUAGUUAUUACAGUUUCUUACUGAGCCCUUUUUAUGACGUCGUCUAUACUCCCUGUAUAGACGAGUGUGUCCAGUCCGAUGGCCAGUGUUUGCCAUACUGCGUUGCACAUGUUGUGCAGUUGGGUUAUUCCGUUAGAUCCCAGGGUCUUUAGAACAUCCGCUGUGAUAUAAUCUGGUCCUUGUUGUUUUUCAGUUUCCGGAUGGCAUUUUCAAUUUCCGUACGGAGUAUUGAUGGUUCUGCAUCAAUUGGUGUUGCGGGUGCCAGUGCAGACCGGUUUGACUGGUUCUGAUAAAGUUCUUCGCAAAACUCCCUCCAUCUUUCAGCGACGUUCGUGACUUCAUGGAUUUGAUAUCCAUGAAGUCACUUUGGCUUGAAUUUUCGGGUUAUUUCCUUGAUCUUCUUAAAAAGAUCCCUUGCCUGGUGUUUCUCGGCAUGGUCUUCAAUUUCAGAGCAUAUGUUCUCGAGAUAUUGGUUCUUGUCUCUCCUACACUGUCGUUGAAUCAGUUUAUUGGGUUCACUAUAUUGCUCCUCAUAUGUGGAAGACUUUCCGCCUUUUUUCAUUUCUUUACGCAAUUCAAUAUUCUUCCAUGUCUCGUCUGAUAUCCAGUCUUUUCUCAGUUUAAUUUGAGUUGCCAUAGUGUCAAGAAUAUUGAUGACUCUUGUUUUGAAAGUUUCCCAUUAAUCGUUAGGGUUAGUUCCCGUUGUGUCUGGCAGUAGUUCAGGUUCAAGCAUGUUCUGGAAGUGUUCAUGUUCAGGUUUUGAUAGUCUAAUGAACCGUUUAGGUUUCUUGCGACAGAUUUUAAGCCGCAAGCGUAUAUCCGCUACUAAGAGCUGGUGGUCUGAGACGCAUUCAGCGCCCGGGAAGGUUCUGGUGUUAGUGAUUGAGGACUUCCAUCGGUUUGGAAUGGUGAUGUAGUCGAUCUGAUUCCGAUAUCGGUCACCAGGGGAGAUCCAAGUAUAGAGUCGGCGUUUGUGAUGUUUAAAGCAAGUGUUGGUGACUACCAAGUCUUGGCUCACGCAGAAAUCUAUAAAUUUUUCUCCCCUUUCGUUCCUUAUGCCAAGUCCAUGUUUACCGAUUAUGUGGCGAAUAUGAUCAUCGUGCUCAGUGUUUCCAACCUUAGCAUUCCAGUCUCCUUGAACUAUCAACAUUUCACGCUUACAGAUACCGUCUAUGGUCAUUUGUAGUAUCCCGUAAAGGUCAUCAAUGUCUUCUUGUGAUUAAUUUGACGUUGGGGCAUAGACUUGAACGAUGUUAAGAGAGAGUGGUUUGCAAUCUAUUCUGAUAGUCAUUAUGCGAUCGUUUAUUGUGUUAUAGCCAGUAACGUGAUGGGCCAGUUUAUGGGGAACUAGAAUUCCGACACCAUUCUUGCUUUCGGAUUCGUGGCCCGAGAAGAAAAGCGAGUUUCCCUUUUGAUGUUUUGAAAUGACCUCUUCCCUUUAUGUGUGUUUUACAGAGCCCCAAGAGCAUAAGUUGGUAUUCUGACAUUUCUUUCUCGAUAACUUUUCGUUAACGUUUUCCAGGUUUUAAAAGUCCUCUCACAUUCCAAGUAACUAUCCUGCAGCUCGAGCGCAUGGAUGGUUUUGUUUUUCCUUCAGUAACAUUAACUGCUUCGGUAGCCUGAUGGUUCACCGCCGAAGAAUCUUCGGUAGCAUAUUUAACACUCAACGACCCGGGUAUCGAUGAGCACCGGGGGUUGGCCGGAUCGUCCGACGUUGUUUUUUUCAUAUCUGUGACUUGCUUCAUGGAGUUCUUUUGGGAGUUUAAGCGUAGUGGGUUCCCAUUACCUUCUCCGUCGGUUCUUUUUGGAGUCAUUUAAUCUCCAUGUCUACCAUGGCCUAUGUUUGAGUAGGUUAUUUAACCGCCGUCUACUACUCGGCGUUAGCUUGUUUUACGACAAUGUUCUUCGAUGUUGUAGGGCGCGCUGUUCAUAGUCAACCCUCCUCCUUUCUCAAGCCGGGCUUGGGACCGUCUACGGCGGAGUUAAAUUUCUUUUCACCAGUAAGUCCAAAAACCUUCAAAUACAAGUGAUAUUUGUAAUUAUUAAAUAUAUCAAAGUUUGAAUCCAUGCGUAUCGAUAGGACUGUACCUAAUUGUAAACAAUGUCGAUAGUAUGUGUACCUAACCAUUUGUAAAUGGUUAUACACACACGGAAUAAGGAAAAUAGGCUGGAAAGGCGUAACAGCCGCUCCCUCACUAUGAUAAAACAAUCAUACUUAAACCGUAUCAUACGUUCACCUACUACUCUCAGCGUCGAAGGCGAAGUAAUAGAGUACGUUGAAGAGUACAUAUAUUUAGGCAAACUGGUUUCGUUCAGAGAGAUUGACUCGGAGGAAAUAGAUAGACGAAUGGCGCUGGCAUGGAAACGAUACUGGUCCCUGAAAAAUCUUCUUAAAUCUAAGCUACCUAUUGUUCACAAACGGAGACUCAUGGACUCUAUCAUUCUACCUACACUAACCUAUGGUAGCCAGACCUGGUCUUUAACAGAAGCUAACGCAAAUAGACUGUCAGUAUGCCAAAGAGCGAUGGAGAGAAGUCUCCUAGGGAUAAAACUUAAAGACAGGAUCAGAAAUGAAGAAAUUCGGAAACGUACCAAAGUUAGAGAUGCUAUACAACAUAUCAGAAGACUAAAUUGGAAGUGGGCCGGUCAUGUAGCGAGACUUGAGGAUGGGCAUUGGACGAAAGUGGUCACAGAAUGGAAAGGACCAGGAAGUGGAAAGCGCAAACUAGGUCGUCCGCUCAAACGCUGGUCAGAUGACAUACGCGAGACCGCAGGCAAACACUGGCUCGGAUUGGCACAAGAUAGGGAUAAAUGGCACAACCUGGAGGAGGCCUACACCCGCACGGGGGUUCCUAUCAAUGAAAUCAAAUAACUAAUAAAUACUAACAGAAAUUACUUUAUUUCAUUAUAAUUACUAAUCCACUAAACAAAAUGUUACUUAGUUCAUAGGAGCAAAUAAAAAAGCUUUUUAUUUUUAUUUAUUAUUAUACGUUCA